CGGCCCCGAGCGGCUCCAGAGCGGAGGCCCGCGCCGAGCCCAGGUCCUGGUGGCAGCUCCAGCCGGGAUGGCAGCUCCAGAAUCUCUAAGGGCCCUGGGGCGUCCAGCCCCACUGCCGGGGGCACCCUAGGCCUCCCACAGCCUACCAUCUGUGUAUCUGCCCCCCAUUCAUCUGUGGGUCACUCGCCAUGGGUGGGUGCUUCUCCAAGCCCAAGCCAGUGGAGCUCAAGAUCGAGGUGGUGCUGCCCGAAAAGGAGCGGGGCAAGGAGGAGCUGUUGGCCGGUGGGAAGGGCAGCCCCCGAGCCUACCAGGGUAACGGCACAGCCCGCCACUUCCAUGCCGACGAGCGCCUGCCCGCCCCUCACCCCUAUCCCAGCGCUCAGGACUGUGUGGAGGCUGCCGUCUGCCAUGUCAAGGACCUAGAGAAUGGCCAGAUGAGGGAAGUGGAGCUGGGCUGGGGGAAGGUGUUGCUGGUGAAGGACAACGGGGAGUUCCACGCUCUGGGCCACAAGUGUCCGCACUAUGGCGCGCCCCUGGUGAAAGGCGUGCUGUCCCGUGGCCGGGUGCGCUGCCCCUGGCAUGGUGCCUGUUUCAACAUCAGCACCGGUGACCUGGAGGACUUCCCUGGCCUGGACAGUCUGCACAAAUUCCAGGUGAAGAUUGAGAAGGAGAAGGUGUACGUCCGGGCCAGCAAACAGGCCUUGCAGCUACAGCGAAGAACCAAGGUGAUGGCCAAGUGUAUCUCUCCGAGUGCUGGCCACAGCAGCAGCACCAACGUGCUCAUUGUAGGCGCAGGUGCGGCUGGCUUAGUGUGUGCGGAGACACUGCGGCAGGAGGGGUUCUCAGACAGGAUCGUCUUGUGCACGCUGGACCGGCACCUCCCCUAUGACCGACCUAAGCUCAGCAAGUCCCUGGACGCCCAGCCUGAGCAGCUGGCCCUGAGGCCCAAGGAGUUCUUCCGAGCCUAUGGCAUCGAGGUGCUCACCGAGGCCCAGGUGGUCACAGUGGACGUGAGAAACAAGAAGGUCGUGUUCAAGGACGGCUUCAAGCUGGAGUACAGCAAGCUGCUGCUCGCACCAGGGAGCAGCCCUAAGACGCUGAGCUGCAAAGGCAAAGAGGUGGAGAAUGUGUUCACCAUCCGGACCCCUGAAGAUGCCAAUCGUGUGGUGAGGCUGGCCCGGGGCCGCAACGCGGUGGUCGUGGGAGCUGGCUUCCUGGGGAUGGAGGUGGCCGCCUAUCUGACUGAAAAGGCCCACUCAGUGUCCGUGGUGGAGCUGGAGGAGACACCCUUCAGGAGAUUUUUGGGGGAACGUGUCGGUCGUGCCCUCAUGAAGAUGUUUGAGAACAACCGUGUCAAGUUCUACAUGCAGACAGAGGUGUCCGAGCUGCGGGCCCAGGAGGGAAAGCUGAAGGAGGUCGUGCUGAAGAGCAGCAAGGUUGUGCGGGCUGACGUCUGCGUUGUGGGCAUCGGUGCGGUGCCCGCUACGGGCUUCCUGAGGCAGAGCAGCAUCAAUCUGGAUUCCCGAGGCUUCAUCCCUGUCAACAAGAUGAUGCAGACCAACGUCCCAGGCGUGUUUGCAGCUGGUGAUGCUGUCACUUUCCCCCUGGCCUGGAGGAACAAUCGGAAAGUGAAUAUCCCACACUGGCAGAUGGCUCAUGCCCAGGGGCGGGUGGCGGCCCAGAACAUGCUGGCGCAGGAAGCGGAGAUCAACACCGUGCCCUACCUGUGGACAGCGAUGUUCGGCAAGAGCCUGCGCUACGCGGGGUACGGAGAAGGCUUCGACGACGUCAUCAUCCAGGGGGAUCUGGAAGAGCUCAAGUUCGUGGCUUUUUACACCAAAGGCGAUGAGGUGAUUGCUGUGGCCAGCAUGAAUUACGAUCCUAUUGUCUCCAAGGUAGCUGAGGUGCUAGCCUCCGGCCGUGCCAUCCGAAAGCGGGAGGUGGAGACCGGCGACAUGUCCUGGCUCACAGGGAAAGGAUCCUGAGCUCGCAUGCAGCAGACUUGGGCAGGCACGCUUGGGCACCAGGGAAAGAGGCCAAGCUCUGGGGGCAGGUGCCAACCUUCCAUUUCCCAGGAUUCCCCAGGGCAGAACCUGAGCCUUCCCAGUGCUUGCCUUCGGUUGCCUGGUUCACCUCCAGAGAGGCUUCUGCUACCUCCAGGAGAUGCUUACCCCCUCCGCAAGGCCUCAGCUGCCACUGAAGGCUGGCAAUGGAGGCAGAACAGGCCUAUCCUCUUCUCCCUCUCUUGAUACUGGUCCCCUGCAGGACCCGGCAACAUAUUAGAUAUUAUCUUAAAAUUAAAACGCACACAUUUGCAG